AUGUGCUUGACAGGAAAAAAUGACUCAACUUACGGAAAAUUCGCCGAACGCUCUAAAGGCUUGGUUGACUUGUCUGAGUUCAUGAAUGAUGUUUUUCAACCAGUUUGUAUCUUCGUUGUAGAAGAGAAAAAUUUCACUUCUGCACUGCCAUCAAAACUUCCACCUAAUUAUGAGCAGAAGGAAAUACCAGUCUUGAUAUUGGGAGCUUCACAGCGUUUACCACACACGAACACGCCUAUAACCCAACCAAAGCUAGUACUGAAGGGUUGCGGUGCUGGAUAG